AUGGCACGCUCUCCUGCACGCUAUCCGAUCAAGCCACCCAACAAGAAACGAAAGCUAUACUCUCCUUCACCAUCCCCUCCCCCAAGGGCAACUUCAUCCACCAACAACUCGUCGACAUUGCCAUUGACCUCGAACGCUGGUCAUCGCGGAGUGGCAGCGUCUGCGGGGUCGGAUAAUUGCGCUAGACAGGCCUCGCCUGCAGAGGGAGGUGAAGCCUCCCUCGCGGCCGAGCGUUGUGGUGCGGUGAACCCUCCAUCCGCGCAUGCCAUAGCCAGCCCGGCGACCAUAGGCGUCCAGGCCGGCCUCACUGCGGAAGAACAGCCGACGUCGACCAUCUCAAUCCCUGUUUCGCUCCCUCAGCCUGCAACAGCUCCGUCAACCCCGAUACCACCUGCACAGUUCUAUGCGCAUGCACCUCAAUGGUUCCUGGAUCGAGCGGAGAGGAACCUGAGCUUCAAUCAGUUUGCCUUCUUUCAAAUGCUUGCUUCGAUUUUGUUUGCGCGCCUGUCAGGCAGAGAAGCAGCUCACUAUGCCACCUGGUUCCUGCUUGCCAACGAGUAUCUCACCAGCUCUGAUGUCGUGAAGGAUGGGAUGAAGGUCGUCAUCAGUACCAUCUGUCCUCAAUUGCCGGUCGCAGCUCUAGAGGACGACGAAGAUCCCAGCGACCUCAUUGGCGACGAACUUAGCUCCAAAGAGGGUAAAGCGAGUGCCGAGUCAGACAACAAGACCGCCGCGAACGCUCAGCCCGGAACAUCAACCAGUCAGGCCGAAGACAAGUCCCGGCACACCACGUCCCCGCCGAAAGCCUCGGACGAGAUUUCUCUGCGCACCUUAUCAAUCCGCAUUCCGGAUUUUGUGCAGGUCUCCCACAUCUUCGACCUCAGGGCGACGCAAGAAGACAUAUUUGCCUACAUCAGAGAAAUUGGCUUCGAUCCCUCCGCUUACCUCGACGCUGAAAAGGACGGAAUGCGGUAUCUCUGGCCGCAGGUCACGUUGCUCAUCGAGAUUAAACUCGAAGAUGAUGACAGCGAAUUGGCGAAAAUCAGGCAUAACGAACAACUCGACAACCAAGCAGCACACUUCUUCGCCAGUGGUGUCAAGGAGAAUGUCAUCGGCGGUAUCCUUGCUCUCGGCAACAAAUACACGUACAAAGAAAUUGGACGGAGUCACCUGGCCCAGGAGAGCCUGCAGCGCUUCGACGACCAGGCAUACCGUCCGCCGACGGUUCGUGUGCAGACCCAACCGAUGCAUCGACGACAUGUCCCUACGGCCCUCGAGAAAGCGCUGAACGACAGGUUUGAGGGGGGACGCGUAUUCAUCAACGCGCAUGACGCUGAAGGAAAGGCGUACCUUAAGCUGAUUAAUUCUCGUUCGCACGAGCUAUUCCCUAGGAUCUGGGGUCGGCAGAGCCAGCAGUGAUUCGG